AAUCACAAUAACUUGAUGGCGCAUUAUUUAACGCCAAGUUUGUACGCGAAGUUGAAGGACCGCAGUACACCUAGCGGCUACACACUUGACGAUUGUAUACAGACAGGCGUUGAUAACCCUGGUCAUCCUUUUAUUGAAACAGUUGGAAUGGUCGCUGGUGAUGAGGAAUCGUAUGAGGUGUUUAAGGAGUUAUUUGAUCCAAUCAUCCUCCAACGUCAUAAUGGAUAUGGACCCGACGAUAUCCACACGACUGAUCUUGAUUCCUCAAAGAUCCGCGGUGGCAACUUCGAUCCUAAGUACGUGUUAUCAUCACGUGUACGAACUGGGCGGAGCAUCCGUGGUUUAAAUUUGCCGCCAGCCUGCACGCGUGGGGAGCGACGAGAAGUCGAACGUGUUGUCAAAAAAGCACUAGACGGGUUGAAAGGAGAACUACGAGGCACUUACUACCCUCUCAACAAUAUGUCAGAGAGAGAUCAAGAACAGCUUAUCAACGACCACUUCCUAUUCGAUAAACCAGUGUCUCCCCUUCUGACUUGCGCAGGGAUGGCAAGGGACUGGCCCGAUGCACGUGGAAUAUGGCACAACGAUCAGAAAAACUUCCUAGUGUGGGUGAACGAGGAGGAUCAUACACGUGUUAUCUCAAUGGAAAAAGGCGGAAACAUGAAACGCGUAUUCAAACGGUUCUGUGAUGGACUUAAGGAGGUUGAAAAGCAGAUUCAGGAAAAUGGCUGGGAGUUUAUGUGGAAUGAACAUUUGGGUUACAUUCUAACAUGUCCAUCGAACCUUGGUACCGGGUUACGUGCUGGCGUCCACGUGAAACUGGCAAAGCUUCAUAAGGACCCAAGAUUUGAAGAUAUUCUGGCUAGCCUUCGUCUACAGAAACGCGGUACUGGAGGAGUUGACAGUUCCACAGAGGGUGAUACAUUCGACAUCUCAAACCUUGAUCGUCUGGGUCAAUCAGAGGUGCAAUUGGUUCAGCGUGUAAUUGAUGGCGUAGAACUUCUUAUUUCAAUGGAAAAAAGACUUGAAAGAGGGCGUUCUAUUAAUGACCUUAUUCCACGCAAUUAAAAAAAAAUCAUGACAAUAGUAAUCUAUGUAGAAUAUAUUGUGUAGAAUA